AAUAUUCAGAUAUCUAAUACUAUAUAGUAUAUUCUGUGGUAGGGUGAUUGUUAUAUUCUGUGGAGAUGGUAUCUUUAUUGAUAUAUCGUAAGCACUGUUCUAUGAUCAGUAUGAUCGUAUAGAAUUUAUAGUAGAAGUAGAUAAGUAGAAUACUGGAGAUCACUGAUUUACUGAUUUACUCUACAAUCAACAUCAUCAUCUCUGUCGUCUCUAGAUUCUGAUUUUAUUGUUAGUUAUUGAGGAAUUCAACAUAUUCAAAAUAUUUUAUUUUGAUAUUUAAAUCAAUUGGCAUUAUUGGCAAUCGUUUGUUGUUUUGAGGAAUUAUAUUAAGACGGAUAUUAUGUGAAAAAAUUGUCGACAAUGGAUGACGACACAAUUAAUACAUUUUCCAGUCAAUCUGUAUAUUAUGAUCAUGAUGGCAGUGAGAAGACCCCACUUUAUGCUAAAAAUAGUAAUGAAAAAGCUCUACUUAAAUUAAUCRUAGGUUUUUGUAUGGUAUUUUGCAUUGGAUUAUUAUUUAUGUUAUUAAUUCAUAUUCAUUAUGGAUCAAAUCAGUUAGUACCUCAUGGAAAUGUAGCAAGUGAUAAUGAUCAAUGCUCUCAAUAUGGAAUUAAUGUGCUCAAAAUGGGUGGUAAUGCAGUUGAUGCAGCAAUUACUGCGGCAUUAUGCAACUCAGUAGCACUCCUUCAUCUUUCAGGAUUAGGAGGAAAUGGUGUCAUAGUGGUAUAUGAUCAUCGAACUGGUAUAGGAAAUACAAUUGAUUUUAGAGCUACACAUAGUUCACACAAUACUAUUGGAGUACCAGGUUUUUUAGUAGGAUUGUUUCAUGCUCAUGUAAAAUAUGGAAUUCUUCCUUGGAAAACACUAGUUGAACCUUCCAUAAACUUAGCAAAGAAAGGCAUAACUGUUACAAAAAGUUUACUUGAAGCAAUUAAUCAGAAUACCACUAAGCUAGUUGAAGACGAUAACCUUAAACAUUGGUUAUCCACAGUAUCAAAUAGUUCUCUUGGUCAAAUGGUUAAAUCGCCUAAUGGUUUGAUAGAAACUCUCACCUCAAUAUCUUUACAUGGACCAAUUGAAUUUUAUAAAGAAAUGUCAAGAGAAUUGAAGUCUAUUUUAAAUCCAGAUGAUGUAAUUAGUUACCAACCGCUUAUUUUACCUGUAUUAAAACAAAACUUUAUGAACUAUUGCAUUAUAACUUCCAAUAAAGGUACUGGAGGACCAAUUUUACUGGAAGUAUUAAAUAAAAUGAAUAGUACUAAAAAAUAUCUUGAAGAUCUUUCAUUAUUGAAUAGCUUUAAAAGUUUAGGAGUCAAUUGGAAUCAAAAUUCUGGAUUACAAGUUUCAGCUACAGAUACUUUUGAUAUUUAUGUAACUAUUAUAAGUGGUCUUGGUUCUGUUUUUGGAUCCCGUAUUUUAACUAACUCUGGUUAUAUAUUGAACAAUGCUUUGGAUUUAAAUCUUAAGGAUCGUAUAAUAAACCAAACGGAACGAGUAACAUCAUUGAAUUUACCAGUUAUUGCUGUAGAAACAGGAAAUAUAUGUGGGAGAAGAUUAAUCUCAGGUGCUGCUGAUGUACGUGAUGGUGCCCAAUUACUUUUAUCAAUGCUAAAAACAGACCCACAAAAUAUAUUAAGUGUUAAUAAUAUUCCUCGGUUUCAUAUAGAAAAUAAUGAUGUUGAAAUUGAAUAUCCAAAUAAUAUAACUAAUCAAUUUUCAGAAGUACUGCUAAAUUUUGGAUUUAAUUUAUCUGAAGCAACUUUACCUUAUCCUACUUCUAAUAUAAUACAAAAAGAGGGAGACAGAUCUGUUGCGUUCUCAGAUUCUCGUGGAUCUGGAAAAUCUUAUACUUUAUAGCAUAUAAAAAUUAUUUUUCUAAGUAAAUGUUCAACAUUAUGUAUAUUUUUUUAAACAAUUGAUUGUAAUUUUU